AUGUCAGCUAUGCCGAUCUCAUCGACAUCGCUUCUAUCUGUGUGGUCGUACCGCUUCAAUGUUGAGGUGAAGGAAGCGGUUACCACCAAUGGAAAUGGUUUGGAAAGCCGCGUGUUUGACAGAGGCAGCAACUUCAGCAACUUGGACAGAAACAACGAAGUGACUCCGAACAUAGAUCCGCAUACCGACGCGUUGAUUCAACGGACCAUCAGGAAGAAAUUUGCAACACGCACGAUGCUUACAGUGGCGCAUCGAUUGAACACUAUAAAGGGCAGUGACAAGGUUCUAAUGAUGGACAAGAGUCGCUUGGCUGAAUACGACCACCCUCAUAUGUUACUGAAAAACAGCUACAGUCAGUUUACUUUGUUAGUACGGAGACUGGCCCAGGCAUGCACGAUCAAUUGGCCAAAAUAG